UGAGUUUAUUUUUAUUUGUAGUCAGUUUACGAUAACAACCAUGUCGAAAGGUACUUUAAAAUUACGAACGUUAUAUGAAUAUUUCACAGAAGGGGGAAUAAAAACCGGUCUUAGUGAUAGUAAACCUCAAUUCACAUUAAACAACAAAGAUAUUGUCAUCUAUAGUGGUGCUUUACAUUAUUUUCGAGUACCCAGAGAAUAUUGGAAAGAUAGGUUAAGAAAAUACCGGGCCGCCGGCUUAAACGCUGUUGAAACAUACGUACCGUGGAAUUUACAUGAAUAUCAAGAUGGUGUUUACGACUUCGGCAAAGGGGGAAGUGAUUUUCAAGAUUUCCUUGAUAUAGGAGAGUUUAUUAACUUAGCUAAAGAAGAAGAUCUGUUCGUUAUACUUCGACCGGGUCCGUAUAUUUGUGCCGAAUGGGACUUUGGUGGAUUACCUUCGUGGUUACUGAGAUAUGAGGGAAUAAAGUUGAGAACAAGCGAACCACAAUAUAUUAAGCUCGUAGAAAGAUAUUUCAAAAAACUUCUGAAUAUAGUAUGUCCUCUUCAAUUUACUAGAGGUGGAGCCAUAAUAGCUUUUCAAAUUGAAAAUGAAUAUGGUAAUGUAUAUGAUGGGGUAAAUGAAAUUGAUAGAAAAUAUUUAGAAAAAUUGAAAGAUAUUUUACACCAAAACGGUGUAGUAGAAUUACUUUUUACAUCGGAUACGCCUUCUAAUGGAUUUCACGGCACAUUGUCUGACGUACUAGCUACUGCUAACUUCCAAAAUGAACCAUCCAAAGAACUUUCUCUUCUAAAGAAAUUCCAACCCAAUAAACCCUUAAUGGUGAUGGAAUAUUGGACUGGGUGGUUUGAUCACUGGGCAGAGAAGCAUCAUACUAGAACAGUUGAAAAUUUUGGCUCUGUUCUGGAAGAUAUCCUAAAUUUCGGAGCGUCUAUCAAUUUUUAUAUGUUUCAUGGUGGUACUAACUGGGGUUUUUUGAAUGGAGCUAACUUGGAAGACAAGUCCCUCACAGCUAUUGACAAUGGAGGUUUCCAACCAGAUGUUACCAGUUAUGAUUAUGACGCCCCAUUGUCAGAAGCAGGAGAUUACACGGAUAAAUAUAAUAAAACCAAAGAAAUAAUUAGUAAAUACAAUAAAUUGCCUAUAAAACAACCCAUGAUGCCUGAAAUAUGUAAAAGAAUAGCCUAUCCCAAUAUAGAAAUUAUUGGAGAAAUAUCUCUAAAUGAUAUUAUAAAACAAAACCAGGCAGUACAAAUUGAAAAAAUGGUACCUAUGGAGUUAUUAAAUAUAAAUAAUAAUUCUGGUCAGAGUUACGGUUAUAUAGUCUACAGAAAAACAAAUAUUGAUAUUUCUAAAAAUUCAAUUUUGAAAAUCGAAGGACGUGUGUGUGACACUGUUUUGGUUUUGAUAAACGGAGAACUAAAAAAUAAAAUUAUUACCACCAAAGAUGAUUUGAAUGGAUUUGGCUAUUGGAGAGUGAAAGACUCAACACUUGAACUAGGUGAUCGGGAUUACAAAAAUGCAACAUUGGAUCUCGUUGUUGAAAACUGGGGAAGGGUUAAUUAUGGAUACUUACAACAAUUUAACCAAUUUAAAGGAAUAUGGCAGGGUAAUGUACUGAUAAACAAGGAAGUAAUACAAUUCAAUGAAGCCAUACCACUACAAUUUGAUAAAAAGUCUACAAAAAAAUUGAUCGAUUGGCAAAAACCGAGUUUUACUGUUGGACCUAAAUUAUACAAAGGUGUGUUAAAUAUAGACGAACCAAAAGAUACAUAUAUAGAUAUGAGAGAUUGGAUUAAAGGGUUUGUGAUUGUUAAUAAUUUUGUAUUGGCUCGAUAUUUAACACUAGGUCCCCAACAAAGUGCAUAUUUACCUGCGCCUUUAUUGAAAAAGGGAUCAAAUGAUAUUUUUAUAUUUGAACAUUUUACACCUGCUAAAUUGAUCAAAUUUACUCAAGAUUUAAUACAUGAAGUACGCGAAUGAUUGUUAUCUGUAUUUUUUUUAUGAAUAAAGAUAUAUAUUUUA